UGAGUUGUCAAAUAUAUUCAAAAUUUCUCAUAUUUGGCUCUACGUGGCCACAGAAAACAGUUUAUUCCUGACUGAAACUUGUGUGAUAGUAACUUAAACUUACCAAUACCUUAACUAAAAUGUGGCGAAACUUGUUGUUUUCUUCCCUCUUGGUGGUUUUCCUGUCCGGAUUAAGCUUGGCCUGCACAAAUCCACAAGUAACCUCAAAAUCCUUUACCACUCAAGAUGCCACUAUUGUAACCCAUAUCGCUUAUAUUGCCGAUUUCCAAGUAAAAUGCUCUUCUGGAGAUGUUUCCAAUUUGUAUGCUGAGCUGGAAGAUGGCAGUAUUGUCCCUGUUGCCCAAGUAGCACCUGACACUUACCAGGUAAGCUGGAGUGAAGAAAAUAAAUUAGCAAGACGAGGUGAACAUCUAAUCAGAAUCUUCGAUGAAGAGGGUUUCGGUGCAGUAAGAAAAGCCCUUAGAGCAAAUGAGCCAAGUUCAUCAGUAAAAGAGUCAUUUACAGUGUCUGUUAACCACUAUGGUGCUUACAAUGGACCAUGGUUAAGAAGUGAAUUUGUAGCUGUACUGGUUUCCUUAGUUGUGACUUAUGUGGCCAUCACAAACAAAUCCAAAAUUGUUUCAUAAGUAGAAGCUAAAAAGACUUUUAAAUUUUUGAAAUUCAUUAUUUAUAUUAUGGCAUCAUUUGAUCAUUUUUGUUAUGUUCAUUGUCUUUAGUUUGUUCAUGUAUGCUUUCUUUUUAUGUCUUGAAAAGGAUAAUAAUACACAUGCUUCUAAGAAGUA